AUGGCUCAACCAAAGGUCUUUGUCUGCGGCGUCACCGGCACACAAGGCGGCGCCGUUGCUCGUAACCUUCGCUCGGAAAAUAUCUCGGUCACCGCCCUCGUCCGUGACCCGUCUUCGCCUCAAGCCCAAUCCAUCGAGGCUCUGGGUGUUGAGAUCGUGCCUGGAAACUUUGACGAUAUACCUGCCAUUGAACGAGCCCUGACUGGCUGCACCACCGCCUUUCUCAACUUUUUCCCUGAUUUCAAGGAUCUGACCGCUGAGUUGCGCUGGGCAAAGUCCAUCAUGGCAGCUGCACGGGCCGCAGGAGUGAAGCACAUCAUAUUCUCCAGUGGUUUUGCCGUCGAUGCUCCCGAGAAACUCAAACUUUGGGACGCAAACAGCAUCACGGGCAAAGCACUGCUCUCGAAGCAGAGCAUCGAGAAAGAAGUGCGCGAGGCAGGCUUCGACUAUUGGACCAUCCUGCGACCGGGCAACUUCAUGGCCAACUAUCUGCCGCCCAAAGUUGCCAUGUAUGGUGGCCUUGCUGAGUCAGGAGUAUGGACUACGGCUCUCCUAAAGGAAAGCAAGCUGCCCAUGGUCGACGAGGCCACCAUUGCCCGCUUCGCAUCUGCGGCAAUUCACAACCCCACCAAAUUUACCGGCCAAACAAUUGAGAUUGCCGAUGAGCUUCUCGACCCUGAGCAGAUUCUUGGAAAGAUCUCAGCCACUGCCGGGCGACAACUCAAGGCAGAGUAUAUGCCGGAAGAUGCUAUUAUGGAGCAGAAAGGCAACCCUUUUAUCGUCGGACAGUACGCAAUGCGUGAUUUGGCUUCGUUCGUUGACAUGGAGAAGGUCAAGACUUGGGGUGUUCCUUUGAGCUCAUUCGAUGCAUUCCUCCAGAGGGAGAAGGAGAAUAUCAAGAAGACUUAUCAACAGGCUGCCUAG